AUGGCCUCACCAAACCACAGAUACGACGACUCCGACUCGGACGGUGGCAACUUCAACCCAGCGCCUGCCGACCUGUCUGACGACGAGCAACAGCCCACAUCGCCUGUCGAGUCCAGAAAUGGCGCCCGUAAAAGCAGUCAGAGCCGCGACGACAACGAGGCCGAUGGCGAAGCGAACGGGGAUUCGCACUCCGUCCACGAUCGUGACAACGAAAGCGAGGACCACGAGGAUGACGCCCGCGCCAGAAAGGCUCCUCGUGACGAUGACGAUGAUGAGGAGGACGAGGACGAGGAUGAAGACGACGAUGAUGAGGACGAGGAGGACAUGCCCCAACAUCGCCGCAAGCGCAGGAGGAGAAAGGAUGCGAGAGCAGCUCUCUUCGACAUGGAAGCCGAGGUCGACGACGACGAGGAUGAGAUCGAGGACGAGGACGAGCAAGCAGAGAUAGGAAACUUUAUUGACCAAUCGCACCCUGACGAUCUACUCGAUGUUGGAGACGCCGACGACGAGAGGUACCACCGAGAGCUCGACCGACGGAAGCAGAUGGAAGAUAACGUCGGUGCCGAGGAUCUGGCCGAGCAAUACAAGAUAAAGUAUGGCAGGAAGAACGCAUACUCUGGCCGGGGCGCACUCACCGACUCUGCCGUCGUUCCCAAGCGGUUGCUGCUGCCUAGCGUGCACGACCCCUCGAUCUGGGGAGUCAAGUGCAAGGAAGGCAAGGAGUCCGAGGUGGUGAUGGCCAUCAUGAAGAAAUACGAGGAGAGCAUCGGCACCGACCACGAACUUGCCAUUACCUCGGCGUUCGAGCGAGGCGGGCCAAAUUCGGUGAUGAAGGGCUACAUCUACGUCGAAGGCCACAGCUCCAUUGAUGUCCAAAAGGCUCUCACGGAUGUCAUGAAUGUGUACCCGCACACCAGGAUGUUCCUGAUCGAGAUCAAGGACAUGCCAGACCUGCUGCGCGUGCAACCACCUCCUAAACUCACGCCAGGCACGUGGGUCCGUAUCAAGAGGCCCAAGCUGUACGAGGGUGACCUGGCUCAGGUCUUGGAUAUCACCGACACCGGCCUUGAUGCCGCCCUGAAGAUCAUCCCUCGAGUCGAUUACAGUAACCGCGAGGAUAGGCUUGCCGCAGAAAAGGCCAGUGGCCUCGACAAGGACGGAAAGAGGAAGCGGCCUGGCUUCUUCGCCAAACCUCGGCCGCCUCAAAGGCUUUUCAGCGAGGUGGAAGCCCGGAAGCGCAACCCCGCGGGCCUGACUAUGAGCACAAUGGCAAACACGUUCACCUUCAAGAACGAAGAGUACUCCAAGGGUUUCCUUCAGAAACACAUCAAGAUCCAACACCUCAUCACGACAAACGUCAACCCGACCCUGGAAGAGGUUACCAAGUUUGCCAGUUCAGACGAGAAAGACGGCGCCGAGAAUCUCGACUUGAAGGCACUUGCGGUUAGCUUGAAAGACAGCAGCGCAAAUGUGGCUUACCUGCCUGGCGACAUCGUCGAGGUAUUCAAGGGCGAACAAAAGGGUGUUAUUGGCAAAGCCACCAAUGUCGUCGGCGACAUCGUUACCAUCACGGCUACUGAGGGUGACCUGAACGGCCAGACCAUUGACGUCCCUACAUCCUCGCUGCGGAAGCGAUUCAAGCUCGGUGACCACGUCAAGGUCACGAGCCUCAGUCGAUAUGAGGGUGAGGUCGGUAUGGUUGUGAAGAUUUCCGACGAUCGCGUCACCUUUUUGACCGACCAGAACAACACCGAGAUCACGGUCUUCAGCAAGGACCUGAGAGAGGCCAGUGAUAUUAGUGGACAAGGGUCUCUGGGACAGUAUGCCUUGCUUGAUCUGGUGCAGCUCGAUAUAACGACAGUUGGAUGCAUCGUCAAGGUGGAUCGGGAGUCUCUUGUUGUCCUCGAUCAGAAUGGCAGCACGAGACAGGUCAUGCCCUCUCAGAUCGCCAAUAAGAUCCCCAAGCGAAAACACACCAUCGCUGCUGACCGCAACGGCUCAGAGAUCCGGUUGGAUGAUGUUGUCAAGGAGUAUGGUGGUCAGCAGCGACAGGGCAAGAUCAUCCACAUCCAUCGAUCUUUUGUGUUUCUGCACAACAACGACUCCAGCGAGAAUGCCGGUGUGUACGUCACCAGGUCUAGCAGCCUGAUGACGGUUGCGGCAAAGGGUGGACGAAUCGCAGGCGGCCCGGAUCUUUCCCAGAUGAAUCCUGCAGCGAAGCGUGAUCCUAGUGGCAACAGUGGUAUGCAAGCGCCUCCCAAGCAGUCAUUCGGACGUGAUCGCUCCAUUGGACAGACCGUCACUAUCAAGAAGGGAGGCUGGAAGGGUCUGUUGGGGAUUGUCAAGGAUACAACGGAUACUCACGCUCGGGUCGAGCUGCACACCAAGGGCAAAAUCGUCACCGUUCCCAAGGUCGAUCUCGUCUUCAAGGACAAGGUCACUGGGCGGACCAUCGACAUCAACGGCAGAGGCGGUGGCUUUGGCGGCAGAGGUGGUUAUGGAGGUGGCCGUGGUGGAGGCGUCGACCUGGGCUUCGGCAGUCGCACUCCUCAGGUCUCCUCAGGUUCAGAGCGCACCCCUGCAUGGGGUGCUUCAUCAAGAGCCACGGCACGCACGCCAGCGUGGAGCCAAGGCCCAGCUGCUGGCUCACGCACGCCAGCAUGGGGCGACGGCUCACGCACUGUGAACCCUUACGAUGGAAGCCGCACAGCCUACGGAUCCGGCUCGCGCACGCCGGCGUGGUCAUCAGGCGCAAAGACGCCAGCGCACGACGGCUUCUCCCUCGGCUCCAAGACCCCAGCUUACGCCAGCGGUGGUGGUGAUUCCGCGUGGGGCGCCGGAUCCAAGACUCCAGCAUAUGGCAUCUCGGCGCCGACGCCAGGCGCCAGCAACGAUGCUUGGGGGCCCACGCCGUCCGCAUAUGACGCGCCUACCCCUGGUGGUCUGGGAGCCCCCACCCCCGGCGCCGCACUCAACGCUCCCACCCCCGGCGCGUUCAAUGCGCCUACGCCGGGUGCGCUUAAUGCCCCCACCCCUGCGGCCUGGACGGGCGGCUGGGGCGCCGACUCUGCACCAACCCCCGCGGCCGGGGCGCCGACGCCGGGGGCCAGCGGAGGGUACUACAGCGCGCCUACUCCUGUGGCUUACGGCAGCGCCGAGACCCCGGCGGCGAGCGGGCCGCGGUACACGGACGAUGAUUGA